AUGGGGCCGCAGUAUCGUCGGGGAGCGACGGCUGGUUCGAUCGUCGAUGCCUCCGCCCUGGCGAACGGCUGGGCGCACGCGUGCUCGAUCGACCGCGACCGCAGGUGCUUUCAUCCGCUACCCGAAAACUUCUGGCUCGAGCGCUGGUUCGGUGGCUCUGGUGUUGGUCUCGGUAAGGCCGAACACGAGAACGAAUUGCUGCACACCGAGGCGGCGUUCACGAUGGAGGAGACGCGCGCGCGGGGCGACGGAGAGGCCUCCCUCGACGGCUUCGCGGCUGCCAUCUCCGCCCGCUAUGCGUCUCAGGCCACGUCCCUCAUCCCCCUCAACUCCCCCGAUUCCACUCCUCAUCCCCCACCGCUCUCCCUCGCCGCCUCUCUCCCUGGCCCCCGCCCCGGCCCGCCGCCGCAGAUGAUGCCCUCGCUCUCCCUGCCCUCCAUGGCCUCUCCGCCCGCUACGGCCCCCGCUCUUCCUCCCUCUUCCUUCUCCUCCCUCGCUCCCUCAGCCCUCCUUGACGUCCUGGACGACCCAUCUGCCCUCGUCCUCGACAUCCGCCCACACAAUGCGUGGGUCCAGGCGCGCCUUCCCCAUGCCCUCUCCCUCUCCGUCCCCUCCACCCUCCUCAAGCGCCCCAAUUUCCCCCUCGCCAAGCUCGCAGAGAUGCUCCCCACCCCUGCCGCACGCGCACGCCUUGCCUCCUGGUCCAAUGCGAGCCGUAUCCUCAUAUAUGACGCUGAUUCGGCCGUCAUUCCGCCCACGAGCAACCUCCUUGGCCUCAUGCGCAAGUUCCGCAACGAGGGCUUCCCCCCCACCCGCGACAUCGCCUGGCUCCGCGGAGGCUUCCACGCUGCCUUCAAAGAGAGCCCCGACAUGGCCCAUACCGGUUCGCCCGCCGACGAAGGUGACGAGGACGAGGCAGAUGUGCAGAUGGAGACCGAUCGGGACCCCGCGCCACUGACGGCACUCGCUCCAGCUCGCGUGCUCCGCGCGAAGCUCCUCCCCCAGUCCGCCUUCACCUCCACCACCACCAUCCCGAUCCGUCCAAGGCAACCACCUCCGUCGUCCCUGCCUGUCACAGUCCUCCCUCCGACCCCGCUCAUGCCCCGCGACGAUCCCGUUCGCAGGGCUCCCAUCGCACCCACUCCCUCCACGAGUGGCCUGCCUCCUGUCGCCGGUCCGUCACGACAGCGCAAUGCGUUUGCCCUUCGCCUCCCUCCCGGCCAAAUGGACAACAAACCGGCAGACACACGGUCCACGACGGAUGCGUCGAACGGCCCGCUCCACAGCAUGCCCACCAUCUCGCCCCAGUACACGCAUUCAGGCGCGUUCAAGGGUGGUAACAGCUACUCCGCCCCCGGAAAGCCGGUCGCCUACAACCCCUUCUUCGACACCAUCCGCCAGAACAUUGAGCUCAACCGCAACUCUAAGACGGCCGAUAGCGAAGGCAUUCCGCUCAAGCUCCCCCGCCGCGUACGGCGCCGCGUCGGUGAGCUGCCGUUCGAGUGGCUCCGUCAGAUCGCCCGCAAAAGUCGCCACGUUCCCGACAGCACCAGUACGAGCGACGACGGAAGCGAUCCGCUCAGCGAGAGCGACGGGGUGAGCGGGGAUGAAAAGAUGGCGUCCGCGUCCGACGAUCACUCUCACUCCAAGUCGCCCUCGAAUCCGACCGCCGUCCCGCCGUCCGCGUACGCGACCGUGUCCUCCGCUGCGUUCCGCUCCCCCCAAGCCUCGCCCUUCUCUUCACCCUCACUCCCCAUUCCAAUCCCGCCCUCUCGACCUCGCGAGUCCUCCGAAGGCCCCGCUUUGUCGGAGCACUCCCAAUCACCCUCCGACGCCGACGAGCUCACUCGUGCGCUCGAGACACAGUUCUACAACAUCGAACUGGGCGAGCAGAAGCGCCUUCUCGGCGUCAUGGAGCGACAUAGCAUGGAAAGUGGGAAGGUCAUCCAGGAGGCGCCAGGUGUGCGUGGGUUCGUAGGGAUAGCGCCGCCGGGCAUGGCGAAGCCAGCAAGUGCGCCUGGAAUACACGGAGAGGAUGCGGAGGCGGCUGCGGUGAUCGGCGAGGAGGCCAUCUCCUCCUUCCCGUAUAGUAUCACGGCGGGCCUCGAGAAGGGGGCGAAGAACAGGUAUCGGAACAUCUGGCCCUUCGAACACGCCCGUGUGCGGCUUCGCAAGUACAAGCCGGAUGAUGACGAUUACAUGAACGCGAGUUAUGUACAGCCGUUGGGCACGUCGAAGCGGUACAUCGCCACUCAGGGCCCGUUACCGACGACGUUCACGGACUUCUGGACUCUUUGUUGGGAGCAAAACGUGCACGUCAUCGUCAUGCUAACACGUGAGAUCGAAGGCUCGUCCGUCAAGUGCGGCAAGUACUGGGAGGAGGGCACGUACGGUCCUUUGCAGCUGCACCUGAUCGAGACUAACGACACGCCCGAGCGCGAGCGUAAGCGCGAGGAAAAAGAGACGGGCGGCGGGUUCUUCAGCGCCCACCUCGCGCAAGCCGAUGCCAAGUUGAAAGCGAAGCAGGCGAAAGACGACGGCGAGCCUUCGACUCUCAAGCGCGUCUUCGAGCUCACGAACACCGCCUAUCCCCUCGCGCCGCCUCGGAUCGUCACCCAGUUCCAGUAUCUCGAGUGGCCCGACCUCAACGUCCCUGACGACCCUCGAGGCCUUCUCCAGCUUAUCCACGACGUCGAAAACACCGUCGAACGCGCCCGUUCGACUAGCCAGAACCUACGGGGCGAAGGACCGUUCGGCCAGUCCACCAAGAAGGGCCUCCCACUUACCCAUGGCAAGACGAUCGUCACGAACAAGGACAACGCCGCGGACGAAGUCGACGCUUCCACGGGCGUCGCGAUGCUCGCGAAGGACAACGCCCCGGUGCUCCUCCACUGCUCGGCCGGAGUCGGGCGGACUGGCGGGUUCAUCGCCGUCGACGCGGUCCUCGACGGCGUACGCCGCGAGAUGCGGAAGCGCAAGGCGGGCCGGGUCAAGGACUCCGUCAUCGCGCAAGCCGCCUCGGAGUUCCAGGGGCGCUCAGGCGCGCCCGAGGAGUACCGCAGAAUCAUCAGUGUGCUCAGCGAGGCCCACACGGACGCGAUGGAUGUCGACCCCCCGGCUCCACCCAGCGACCCGACGGCGGAUGACGACUCACAACUCACGGUUCCAGUCCCUGUCGGUGACCGCGAAGUCCACGUCCCCGUCGCCGGGUUCACCCAGGUCCUCAUGGACGUCGAUGCCCACUCACGCCCUGCCCUUGCCGCCCCCAAGUCCAUCGCCGACACCGCCCACGCCCCACCAUACCCGUCGGGCGCCGUCCUGCAGGCUUCGUCCGAGCUCGUGGAGGAAGUACGUCGCGCGGCGAUGGGUGUGUGGCCGGCUACCCCCCGCACAGAAGCUGCCGCAUUCCGCCUGACGGCAACAAGUGCGUUUUCAAGUGGCGAUAGUAGCGACGCCUCAGCGGGCCCGAGCAGCGGAAACGGGAGCGGAGGUAACGGCACCAACCUCCUCGCUCCUCGGUCAAGCUCGCCAACGAUGAGCGCGUCGGACGGCCUCCCGAGCUCCGUCGUCGGACGGACGGCGAGGCUGUCCGUCAACAGCCCGGACACGGCGCCGACGAGCACAAGCCCCCAUCCCUCAUCUACGCCUGCGUCAGCGAGCAAUAUGGUAGCCAGUUCACCUUCGCCGCCGCAGACGCAGGCCAGUUCGUCCUCGAGCCCGUCCCUCGCCGCCCAGUCGCAACGGCUCAACACCUGGCGCUCUGAAGUCCAGUCGUCUAAAGCCGGGAGCUCGCCCUCGCCCCCUGCAGCGCUCGCGUCUGCUACCUCCCCUCUUCCUCUUCCCCUCCCGUCGUCCUCCACCAACAAACCGCGGAAUGCGUUCCAGACGUCCCGUGGCCACGACUCGUCUGACGACACGAUCCCCGUCGCCGAACCGUCGCCGCCACUCCGCGACCCGCGCAAGCUGCACUCGGACUCUUCACCACCGCUGUUGUCGACGUACGACGAGCCGAUCCGGCGCGUGAUCGAGGACAUGCGCGAGCAGCGGAUGAGCCUCUGCCAGAGCCUGCGCCAGUACGUCUUCGUCCAUCGCGCGAUCAUCGAGGGCUCCUUGAUGGUCGUCGACGAGGAGAAGCGGCAGGCGAAGCGCCACGCGAAUCCGCAUCCGCAGCCGUCCCAACAAGCUCCGCAGCAUACUCAGCACCCGCCGCAGCCGCUCAACCUGGGCACGCACCACGCGACGCUCUCCCUUCCCCGCCUCGCCUCGCCCUUCGCGCCCGACACGGCGGGCUCCGCACAGUCUGCAAGUCCCGCCCGCGCGCUGUCGAAGAAACGGAGCGUUGGGGAUGUGAACGGCGACUCCACGUUCGACGCGGGCGCGAGUCCCGGGCGGCCGAAGCGUGGCGCGAGCCCGACUGAGCUCCUCAAGGAGGGCCUCGACGGCGCGGUGCUGCUCACGAAGCGGCCGAGCCUGAAGCGACAGGGCCGGGACGGCGCGAACGUGCCCCCGCCUGGCCCGGUUGCGUCGGGGUACCCUCCAGCAUGA